ACCAUCACCACCUAUCUCCUCUCUCUCAUACCCCACCCACCCUGAUCUUUUGAGAGAAACUGCAAACAAAAGAAGUUCUCUUUUUUUUCUCUCUUUACCAUGAAGAGUAAACCCUAAAUUCACCCUCAAAAAGAAAAAGAAAAGAAAAGAAGAAGCUAUAGUACAACAAAAGUGGGAGGGAGAGUUAAAAGGACCUUUCACUUAUGCAACCAUCAAUUUCAUCAGCUCUGUCUCUCUCUGUUUAUUCCCUUCUUUACACACUAUACUAUACCCACAAAGAAGGGGAAGGAAAAAGAUAAAAGCAAAGCCAAACACUGUCUUCUUUGCAGAUCACAGAGCUUUAAAGACCACUUAGGAGGUACUUUCUUCUUCCAGAAAGAUCUCAAUCUCUCUCUCUUUAAUGGGUCUGACUGCAUAAGUAAGCAAAAUCUCUCUGCAAAAAAACCCAUUUCUCUCUCUUUCCAUAUCAAUGUCUUUUGCCCUUUUUGAUUGAAGAGAAAAAUUAAUGGAUUCCGGGAAUAGUGGUGGUAGUAUGCAGUCCUCCAGUGGUGGAGACGACGAGUACGAUUCACGCGCCACCGACUCUUGUAUUUCUGCUUUCUUCAAUUCCAACAAUCAGCAGCCGCAGCAGCCGCCACAUCACCACCUCCAACGACAAACCCACUCUUAUUCUUCAAUGUUUGACCCGCUAUCCAACUUUUUCGACCCGUUAUCAAGAUCGGCACAACCGCCACCGUCAUUCGCAAGCACGAAUUCGCUACUCAAUCUUGAUAUGGUCUGGUCCAGGGCCUUAAGAUCCGAACCCGAUCUUGGAGGAUUUACGGCCUCGUCAUCGUCACCGACCCAACAGUUUCUCACGGACCAAUCACAGAGCAGAGUCGCCUUUCCGUCCAAUAUGCCGAUCCCACAUCGACCGGAAAAUGCCCCAAAUAAUGAUCAUUCCACCGCUAACAACAACACUGGCGGCGGCACAAAUAUGGUCCGGAACCCGAAGAAGAGAUCCAGAGCUUCAAGACGUGCACCGACAACUGUACUGACAACAGACACCACUAAUUUCAGAGCCAUGGUUCAGGAAUUCACUGGAAUCCCUGCUCCACCAUUCACGUCUUCACCUUUUCCCAGAACAACCAGACUUGAUUUGUUUGGUGCUUCUUCAUCUUCUUCUUCACCUCUUCCUCCUUAUCUUUUGAGACCUUUUGCACAAAAACUGCAACCAGUACUCCCUUCAUUUCUCUCUCCCUCCUCCUCCUCUUCUUCUUCUGCCAUUGCUUCUGCUACUGAAUUAACUAACAUCAACAACAUCAAUUCCAGUAACAUCAACAUGCAAUUGCAAAACCCAGUUUACAAUUUCCAAUCUUUCCUCAAUCAAGCCCCUCCCAAGUAUAACCCACUAUCGAAUUCAGCUAUUCUUGGGACCAAACAACAGGAAUCCUUGCAAAUUAACCAGUCAAAUGAUGAUUCACAUCUCAAGAUGGGUGUUUUGGAGGAGUUUGGUUUGAGUACUACAGCUUUGCCAAGGAGAGAGAUUAGUAAUGGAGACCCUGCAAACUGGGGUACUCGGGAUGGAAUGGGAUCAAGGGAGGGCGAUCGUCAUCAUCAACAUCAAGGUCUGUUAAGGUCCAUCAAUGGUGGAAACUACAAUAACCCAGAAAGAGUAGCUAAUAAUUCUAAUGGGAAACUAAACUACUCGGGUGGUUCAGGUUCUUCAGCCUCGGAUUUUCAUGGUGAGAAAGGCGCUGAUGAUCAAAACGUGGCUACAAGAACUAAUGAAGGUAUGGUGGAAUCAUGGAUUUGCUCUUCGGAUUAGUAAUCAUAUUGAUAGAUAGUACUCAACCCCUCUACAGCACGCAUGAAACAGAAUCUAUGUUAAUUAACCAUGACUUUUUUUUUAAUUCUCUUUAUGAUAUGUACACAAAUAUCAUGUAUGGCUUUGUUUUUCCAAUCACAUUUUCAUCUCUAAUUUAUGAUCAUGAUGAUAUGGUUGGUAUUUCAAUUAUCUCAGUUGUUGGUAUCUCAAUUAUUCUAGCUGUUGAGUUAUACGUACAUGAUUUUAUGUAUAUCAUGUGAGACAUCUAGUGCUCACAAAUUCACUUGGAU